UGUCAGUGACGCUCUGAGGCUGUCGCCAGGGUGUCCUGAAAAGGCGCCGGGCUUGACCCUGGCCCGGCAGGUCUGGCUCCUGCUGGACCUGCGCCGGAGGUGGGAGACGGAGGCAUCUGGUCUGACCGGUUUCUUCUGAAUCCUUACAAGUGUGAGUUGCUUUCAUCAUAUCUUGGCUCCAGAUAAGCAUCUUUUCACCCCAUCCCCAUGGAGUCAGAAUGGAUUGUGUUGAUGAAUAUUCCCACACUACUUUUGACCUACAAUGUUUGUUAAAUUCAUUUCCCGGAGACUCUGAGUGUAAGCAGAUCUUCAGCGACAUUGAUGAACAGCUUGAACAAAAUGCUACCAGCAUCGAGCAUUGCAUUAAGGAAAUACAGAGGGAAGUUAACAAACAGUGUCCAGAUGUGCGGCUGCAAACUGCGGCGGACUGCUUUGAGUGGCUGACGCGCUGUGGAUACAGUGCCUCCAAGACCCCUUCCGUUCCCCAUGGAGACUUGAUAAAAUUCCUCAAAACAAUGCAAGAUUUGUUGAAGAAUGAACAAAAUCAAGAAGAAAUAAUACUGGAUUUGCUCUGGGACCUGUCCUGCCAGAAUAGUAUUUCACUACCAUCAAUUUUAAGUGAAGCGCCUUUUCAUCUUCUGUCUAGGACUUCUCUGCAUUCUGUUGAAGAUCAUUCCUCUAUGGAUGCAAAGUCCAGGUGGGAUGAUAUAAGACUGCAUCUUCGACGCUUCAUAGUGAACAGAUUACAAAGCCAUAAUGAAGUAAACAGUUCACAGCAAAAAAUUGUAUUGAAAAAUGAGUGCCUGCAACAACUUUUGUUUCUCUAUUCAGAAUCAGAAGUUGUGAUCAAGUACCAAAGCAUACAGAAUAAACUGCUGACUAAACUUCUGCAGAACAGAUUUCCUUCCUACAGCAGAGAUUUGAAUUUGGAUGUAAUAGCUCACGGAUACCCAAGUACAAUGCUUAAGUUAUGUUCAAUGAUAAAGGAGGAUUUUAGCAUACUAUGUGAAAUCUUAGCUCCAUCCUCAACAGUGAAAUUCAUUAAAGAGACAUACUUGGAUACAAUCACAGAAGAAAUGGGACAAUUUCUUAAAAGCUUUUGUGAGCUGCAGUUCAAAGAAAAUGCUGUUCGUGUGGUUAAAACAAGCAAGAGCUCCAGCAAGCAUAGAAGAACUGUGCAUGCCUUGGUUACGCCUGAAUUCCCACAGAACGGAAGAAACUUUUCCCUAUCCUUAGAUGAACUCAGAUUCUUAUCACAGCUUGUAAAAUCCUUUUUGGACCUAGAAAACAACGUUCAAGAAUUAUUUGAAGCAAUGUUUUUAUCAAUUAAGACAUCCAGGGAUACUUCAGGAAUUUUGGAGAAAUCCAAUAAGGAAAUUAUGACAGAAAAGCCUAGACCAAAUGAACCUAGUAUUUCUUCAGAGCAAUUGCUACCAGUAAAAGAGGCUACUUUAUUAGAUUUUGGCUGGAGAAAUGCAUUUAAAGAGGUGUCUCUUCCCAUGGCACACUGCAUAAACACUACAGUUGAAGAUAUUUCCUCAAAAAUUCUGGAAGAGGAGCAGAGUGAAAGGUCUUCAUCUGUGAGCUAUGUUAUGAACCUUGUAAAUGUCCAACAAGUCUGGAAGGACAAUCAUGUGUUUCCUGAGGAAGAACAACCAAAGAAAAUAGCAAAGUUUUGUUCUGACAUCAUGGAAAAACUUGACACAAUGCUUCCACUGGCUCUGGCAUGCAGAGAUGGUUCUUUUCAGGAAAUUAGAGCAAACUUGGUGGAGGCCUGUUGUAAAGUGGCAACAGCUGUCCUGGAAAGACUGCAAGAGAGAAGCAAGGAGGUUCCUUCCAGAGCACCCCUGAAAAACCUACUCACAGUCCUCUCCACCGCGGUGUAUGUCUUCCAACACUUCACUCAGUAUGAUAAUUUGAUGAAAGAAACUACUCAGAAACCCCUAUUCCUGGUGCCUGUCCAACGGUAUCAGGAAUUCAUCAACACGCUACAGUUUCAAGUUACGGACUACUGCAUCAGAGUUUGUGCUACAAGCAUUUUACAGGAUGCUGAGAGCCACCACUGGGAUGACUACAAAGCUUUUUAUGAGGGGGAGAGGUGCUCCUUCUCACUCCAGAUGUGGCAUUAUUUCUACUGGGCUCUUCGUCACGAUCUUUGGACCAUUCUUCCCCCUACGUUAGCCCAGGAGAUCCUAGCAGACAUGCUGGAAAGAUCCUUGGGUUUACUGGCUUCCAGAUAUGCUCAGGCCCAUCCAAGUUAUAAAAGAACUUCACAGAUAAGACUUGAUGUCACAACAAUUUUGAUAUGCACUGAGAACAUGUUAUGGUCCGUUUGUACAUCUGUACAGAGACUACUGAGGCCUCAAGAGUAUAAGGAUAAUAAAAUCUUUAAAAUUCAUAUCCAUUGUAACAAUCUGCUUACAACAUUAGCCAUUUUGACCUCACCAUUAAAAGAAUUAUAUAAGACUUUUCAGCAUGGCAUGGAUGAGUCUGUUUCAGAUCGCUUAAAGUCAUUUUUCAACCAACCAUUGCACUGGGUUUCUUGCAUAUCACAGUUCUACCCCUCGUUACUCAGGGCUCCAUCCGCUGGAGGACUGAAAGCCGAGGGUCAGUUGAAACUGCUCUUAUCCCAGCCAGGCUGUAACUGGAAUCUCCUUCUGGAAACCCUACUGUGUAAUGACGGACUUAUACCAAGGAUCUUGUUGAAGAGCUCAAAACAUACGUUUCAUGAAGAAGUUUCUGACACAGAAAACAAUCUGAGCCAAGGAUUCAGCUUGGUGGAAGCCAUCUUUAAUGUACUGUACCACUGUAAUUAUUCUCCACAAAUAUUUGGAAAUGUUUUUGUGAGUUAUAUGGAAGAAGAACGAUUAUGGGACUUCUUAUAUAACAUUCCAGUGUGUAUGGAGUCCAAGCUGGAGGUCAUCCGAUGCUUGCAACUGGCACUGACUGAUGCCAUCAAGGGUAUCAUACAGCCCAUAAUGUCUUUGAUGAGCUGCAAAAGAACCUGGGAAACAAACCUGAACAACCACAGUGUUCCCAAUCACUUGCUUGAGAGCAUCCCAAAAGAAUGGAAUUAUAUUCCAAAAGAAUCGAAAAAGAAAGAAUCAGGCAAAGGCUUUGCCCAGCUUGCUGCUCAGGCAGUAUCUAUUGUAAUCAGCAAGUUACCUACGGUGAUUGCAUGUUUGCCUCCCCCAAUUAAAUACUUCUUUUUUCUGUCUGAGAGAAAAAUGUCAGAAAACUUUGUUGCACUGAAGAAAGCUGGCCUGCUUGUCUGGAACUUGAUUGUAAUUAUAUGUCGGAUAUUUGAGGAUGGAAACACCGUGGAGCUUUUAACAGGUGCCUCCCUUGACAGACAGAAGAAGGAGCAGCUCAGCUUCAUUUGUGCAUGUUUGGAAAGCAUCAUGGGACAGCAGAGUAGCCCUAAUCAAGUGACCCGAAAGGUCUUACAGAGCAUUGAGCAGCAAAAGCCCAACUGGAUUGAACGCCAAUUGUUGAAAGCAAAGAAGUUGAGCGCUGACUGCACAUUUAUGGCAAUGGAGAAAAGCACAAUCUUAGAAGAAGGAGAUACUGUUCUUGAACUGACUGAGCAGAAAAUCAACACGAUGGUCCUGGAUCUCUGCCACAAACCAGGUGGCAGUGAGUACCUGAGGCAAAUUUAUCACAUCAUGCAGCUCAAUGAGGAAUAUUUAAAAGAACAGCUGUUUUCUAUGAGUGGUGCACAGGAAAAGCCCUUACACAUCCGACCUUUAAAGAUGACCGUGAGGAGUGUGGAAGAUCAGCCUUCUGCCUUUAACCCUUUCCAGGUGUAUAAGGAGUUUAGAGAAAACAUGCUAGAUCAGUCAGCCAUCAUGAAAUGGAACUGGAAUUGGUCAAAGUUGCUGCCAAAUUAUCUGAGACUGGAUAGGAUGACCUUCAAUGUACUGCUCAAAAACAGGUGGGAAAUGAGAAAAGAUGAAACACUAGAAGAGGAAGAAAAAGCGAUGCUGGAACAUUUAAAACGAGUGUGCACCAUACAGAACUCUUCUGCUUCAGAUAACACAGAGGAACAGUAAUCUGAAGAAAACAGCAACAGCUUUAUUUUAGGAAACAAUCACAUGUAAUGUAGUAGGAUUUUUACUAUAGUUGGAAUGAACCUCAGAUGUGCCGUGAGGCAUGAAACCAACGACUGAAUAAUCUCUGUAUCAGAAAGAAAUACAGCACAUAAAGAAUAAGGUGCUCCAUAUUUUUUUAUUUUAAAAAUAAUUUCAAAUGUUUUCCUUUCCCCAGCUCUCUCUUUAUAUGAUAAAACUGCUGCCAUCUCGUGUUCCCUUUGAAUUAUGUUUUCCUCUUUUCAGCCUCAAAGUAUCUAUGACAACAGGCAAAAUGUUUGGAAACCUUUUCUCUAAGGAUUUCUUAAUGCAACAUUCGGAUGUUAAGUUGAAUGGAGUCACAGAGUCCACUGAGAGUCCUCUGAGAUUUUUAAUUUAAUAUAAUAGCUAUACUCCAAGCCCAGGUGUUAAUUGUCUGUAAUGCCCACUACUAAAUCAGUCCAUGCCAGUAUAACCUCUUCUUUAUCCCAUUUAUCUUAAACACAGCCACAAAAAGGGUUCUUUCAAAUCAUUAACUUUGUCGUAUCUCUGCUUGUGAUAGUUUUCAGUUCUGCUGCUAAAUCUAAUUAAAACUUAUACAAACAAACCUUCAAAUGAUUCAAGAGCAGGCAAAUGCUUACUACUAUUUUCCUAACCAGAAACUGGCUUUCUCCCAAAAUUUUGCUCAGGGGUCAUUCCAGAAGUCUCUGCCCCACAUUAUCUCCAUUAUCCAUAAUGUCUGUUACCUUGCUUAUUUUUCAAUACAUCAGUGUAUUCACAUGAACCUGCGCAAAGGAAACAAAACUUGUUCUGUUUUACUUGACACCUUCUCUGCUAAGUAAAAUUAUAGCUAUUUAUCAUUCUUCCUAUCAGUUCCUGAUAUUAUAUUACAACAAUCUUGAAGGGCCUUAAGUAUAAUGUGGUCUACCCUUAUAGAAGGUGUAAUUAAAUACAUUGAAUGUUCAAAUUUCAAAACAUUUGUUACAGUAAAGAGGCACUGUCAUUUUUCCUCCUCAAAAUACUCGUCCUUGCUUUAGAACUAUGUAUCUUCUUGUUCUUGCUACUUUCUGAAGCAGUUCUGGAGAUACUCUUUCUUAAAUAUAUUUUAUUGUUUUAGGAUGGCUGUGUCCAUGUCUUGAGUCAAUUCAAAACGUUUACCUUUUAUCUUCAUUUUGACUCUUCAUUUUGACUCUUCAUUUUGAACCAGAAGUUGGGUGGUGACAGAUUUGAUGAAUAAGGUGAAUAAGGAUAUGCUGUGAUACUUUUGGCAGAGACUGCCAUAAAUAUUUGACUAAUGAUGCAUGAUCAUAAAAUCAUGGUGAAUAUUUAAAUUUUAAAAAUUAUUACAGUAAAAGAUCCAUUGCUAUUUCUGUAGUGUUUUUUGAGAUGUAAACAUUGUAUCUUUUAUUCACUCUUUGUGACUGCCUUUAUGUCUACUACUCUGUGACUCAUAGAGUGGGCAAGGAGUAAACACAACUGAUUAAGUGGCUGCCAAUGAAAGACAAUAAAGACAACAAGACAGUUGAACAGUCUGCAGGUGAUCUGGGGAAAGCCUUAUGUCAUAGGCUAUUUUAGAUCAUGACAUCAAACACCAUGGUUCCUGAUGUUCUUAAAUGUAGAAUAAACUGUCCAUGCACCCACAUUUUGUGAUUUUUAUAAAAUAUGUGUAGGCUACAUGAUUUCCAAAGGAAAGUACUCAUGCAUUUUUCAAAUGGUAAAAGUUUGCAGUGCAGAGGAGGGCACCUUAGAAAAUGUCUUGCAUUUCUUUUUUAAAUAAAACCCCAUAAAUGGCCAUGUACCAGCUGCCUGCCAGCUAACACAUUUUAUUUUUAAAGAAUGUUAUUUAGUUGGCCAGUAUAAUCAUGAGCCAAGUGUUUUCAGAUAUGGUUGAAAUAAUUUCCAAAAAUUCUAUGCAGACCAUUUAAAUUUUUAUAAAAACUGGAGGUUUUAUCUGAUUUUAUGUUUCAUGUUACCUUCAGCUAAUUGGUAGUCUAUGGUUUGGAAGACGAGACAUUACAAUGGAAAGUCAAAAUGUUAAUAAAUCAGUCUAAGGAACCAAAGGAAACAACCUCAUAAAGUUACAGGAUUUCACAUUUGGCUUAUCUUUUUAAUGUAUCUAAAGGUCAUCUUGUAAAGUUAUUUUUGUUUUUCUUUUCCUUUUCCUUUGUUACUGAGGAUUGGACCUGAGGGUGCUCUAUCACUGAGCUAAGUCCUCAAGUCAUUUUUUUCUUUUUCUUCCUUCUGUUGUUUGUUUUGACAAGAUCACUGUAAGUUUCUGAGGUGAAACUAACUUGCAGUUCUCCUGCCUCAGUCCUCCAAGUGCUGUGAUUACAGGCAUGUACUUUUCUUUUUUAAUCUGUGUGUUUCCAUUCUGUUCCUUGGAUGGGAUGUCAUUCCUUGAGGUGGGGUGUGUUUUAUGAUUCCAUUGGAAAGGAGAGAAAUAUAAGAAGAGGAGGAUGAAGUGAUUUCAGAAGAAAAAUAAAAGAGAAGGGAAAUUUGCAAUUGAACUCAGUUUUUUAACUGAGUUCAGUGAAAUUAGUUUUUUAACUGAGUUCAGUGAAAUCAGUGUUCAGUGAAAUCACUGUAGACCUAAGUAGCACAAAGUUUACAAUUGGGAACGUGAAAUAAGAAGUCAUUGAUUUAUCGUGUCAUUUUGACAUUAUAAGGUUUAAAGAGUAAGUAGUAUUUCAAGAUAGUGGUCUUUCUCACAUUUAUUUUACAUUUGUAUAAAUUAACAACAGGAACGAAAUCUAACAGUUUGUAAUUCCCAUAUGUUUAUUACAAAAAUAUUACCUUCUCAUAAAAUAUUAUCUUCAUUCUGUGUUUUGUGUAACUAUUUUUAUGUAAUUUUAAACAGAUGUCUAUUCAUUAUUGGUUUAACAGUUACUGUAUGGAAAUUGUAUGAAUUAAUUUUUAAUAAAUUAUGGUGAAAUGUAUUUCA